UUCAUUAUUCUUACUAUGUUUGCAGGACAUUUUAUAGUGUGUGAUAACUGUAGUGACAUUAUUUACAGUGAUGUGUAUGAACUUCUUAGUUGUAGCUCGGACAAAUUAACAAAUUUAGUGCGAACUGUAUUCCUUAGAGAUACUUUAAAGUGUACCGGCAUAUGUCAGAAGUUCGGUUUAGAUUUUAAAAGUACAAAGACUAUAGAAUUUAGUGAGGAGCGUGUAGCAUACAUGAACGCUUUAUUUCCGCCAAAAUAUUUGGCCGCGUUGUGUAACAUUCUCGCUAUUAAAGAAAAGAAGGUCGUUCUGAAUACGAGUUUUGAGUCUGAAUUAAAUGUUACCACAAAUAUAACCGUCGACGAAUCGCCUCAAAAUCAUAGUGAAACCAACAGCGAACAAGAUGUCAAAUUAAUUGCAGUAAACACAGUCAGUGACAAAGAUGAUGAAAAAACAUUGACAUUAGAAGAGAAACCUACAGUACCUGAAGAAAAGAAUGAUAGUACUCCUAUAGAUAUAAAAGAAGAUAAAAAAGAUGAUAAUAAAGAUGAAUCUAAUGUGGUAGUUGAAGACACGGUAGUGCUAGUUUCCCAAGAAGACAUAUUACCCGAUAGCAAAGUUGAAACUGCAGAAGCAGAGAAACAGGAUAUAUUGAAAACAGAUACGAAAUACAGUAAACCGGAAAUAUUGAUAGAAAAAACCAAAGAUUCGUCAAAUAAUGCUGAGGAUAUAAGUGAACCCGUAGUUUCUAUUGACGGUGACAGCUUUAUAUCCGAUUUUGAUCAGAUGGCUGUAGACCCGCAACCAGGCAGUCAGAAUACUGUUAAUCAGAACCAAGCACAAUCGACGAUACAGAAGGAAUCUGUGUUUCUGCGGCUGUCAAAUAGGGUUAAGACGCUCGAGCGUAACAUGUCUCUCUCUGGGCAGUAUCUAGAAGAGUUGAGCAGGCGAUAUAAGAAACAGGUUGAAGAAAUGCAGAAAUCUUUCGAGAAAACAUUGGUACAGAUGACAGAAGAAAGAAAGAAAAGCAACGAACGGGAACAAAAGUACAUAGAGCAAAUGAGCAACUUGCAAGAGCAACUAGCUAAAAUGGCCAUAAAUAUGGAACUACUUAUGGAAGAUCGAGAUAGCUGGUUCGGAAACGUAACGUUCUUUAAAUUUAUAGUUUUCCAAGUUUUAAUAGUUAUAGGAAUCAUUUAUUAUCUGUUACAAAAACAAAAGCCAGAACCAGUCAUAUUGCAUGUACCGAAAAAGAUAAAGAAAAGACAGGAGAAAUUAAGAAGGCGAUCUGUGGAAGGUGUGAGUGGACAUGCAACUCCUGCUGCGAAGAAAAGGCGGCCAAGUGAGGAGGCAUUCCAAAUUGCAAGACAGUCUACCGAAGAUGUAGAAAUAGAACAUAACCAUGGAGAAUGGCAAGUAGCCAAGAAGAACAGGCGACGAAAACCAUCAGUGUAUCAACAACACAUAGAAUUAAAUACAAACAUUAACACAAAUCAAGAUGAAAUCAGAAAGCUAGACGAGAAUCCAAUAGCGUUAGACGCAAACGAAUAUUUCGCGCCCAUACCAGAACCAGUAGAUUUUAUUGAUGUAAAUAAAAAAGAGUUACCAAAAACCAACGGGUCUUUCUUCAACAAUUUGAAGAACAAGACUCUGAAAACGAGGCGACUCUCGUCUCCCGCUUUCCUAAAAACUUUAAACAGACAAAGUCUCCGAAGUACUCCUAGUCCCAUUAUGAGGACUAUUGAGCCUAUUUUUAACGGGAAAAUAGGUAAAAAGGCUGCUUCUGAGUCGCCUACUGGUAGUCUGUGGUCAGAAUCCACAGAUAUUUCACAAAACGGACCACAGUAUAGUGAAAACGGUAAAAAGAAGAAAAGUUUAAAAAAUAUCCUUAAAAAAGUGUUUUAGGACUUAUAUAAUCAUGUUUCUAUGCUAUUUGGCUAUUGUAAUUUAUUUCAAUGUGGAUGUAAUUAUUGUUAAAUUAUUGUAUAUUAUUUGUAUGAAUGUUAGAGCUGUGUAGGUGCCAAUUGUGAUAAAUUAGGGAGCCUAAUGAUAGUUGUUGAAUUGUUUUGUAAUGCCGCUUGGGACAAUAAAGUAAAUUGAUCAUGGACACUAGUCGAGUGAGCGAAUACAAAGAAAUGGCAUUAAAUGCGUUUUAUUUUA